AUGUUCCGGACGGCAACAGGUGCGGUAGCUGCUAUUAAGGGUAAAGCUAUCAGAAAUAUUUCAAUUAGCGAUGUCUCGAUGAAACAUGAAUAUCUGGUAGUAGAUAUAAUGGACGACGUAAUAUUGAGGAUAGAUAUUAUGGCAAAGCAUAGCUUCGUUCUGGAUAUGCUAAGGCAAGUGUUACAAUACGCUACUGCGACCUUGCCAUUGACUGUGGGAUACGACAGCCAAGCCGAAGGGUUACAAAUUGUAGUACAACGACAACAGAGGAUACCUGGAAACUCCGAAGCAAUAGUGCGAGCCACAGGUACCCGAGAUCUAAAACUAAGCAAGACAUGGGUUGUCGAACCGAAUAAAGAAUGGGAUAUUAGAACGCAAUGCCAUAAAGCCGAAUAUGUGAUAAAUCAUAAAGCCGAAGUACCAAAAACAUGCUCAAACAUAUCCCAAGAGGCUGAAAUUCUCGUAACAAGAUGGAGUAGCAAUCUAGAUGAGCAGCAGAAGAAAUACGCCAAAAAGUUUUUGCUGGAAAAUUGGUCCAUCGUUUCCGGCGUUACAAAUUCGGAUGACCGUAUUAAUGUUGCGAAGCAUACAAUCAACACUGCGGGAAUUGAUCCGAUUCGACAACGGCCUAGAAGAAUUCCACCAGCAAAAAGAGGAGAAAUGGCGGACUUGAUCAAAGAUAUGCAAGAGCGAAAAGUUAUCGAACCAUCGAAUAGCCCAUGGUGUUCGCCAGUAGUUCUUGUUAAAAAAAAAGGAUGGGUCUACCGGAUUUUCCGUGGAUUACAGAAAGUUGAACGAAAUGACCAAGAAGAAUAG